UGUUAGUUCACCUCCAACUGGAAACCUGAAGGAAACACAUGAAGAUGGUGAAUGAAUAUUUGUCCUUUGCCAAGAACUUCGUGGCCGGCGGCAUCGCCGCUGCCAUCACGGAAACAGCUGUGGCCCCCAUCGAGAGAGUGAAACUUCUCCUCCAGAUACAACAUGCCAGCAAACAGAUCACAGCCGACAAGCAGUACAAAGGCAUCGUGGACUGCAUUGUCCGCAUCCCCAAAGAGCAGGGCUUCCUUUCCUUCUGGAGAGGCAACUUGGCCAAUGUCAUCAGAUACUUUCCCACACAAGCCCUCAACUUUGCUUUCAAGGACAAGUACAAGAAGAUUUUCCUGGACGGCGUAGACAAGCGCACGCAGUUCUGGAGAUACUUUGCAGGUAACCUGGCGUCGGGCGGCGCAGCAGGGGCUACGUCGCUCUGUUUUGUCUACCCACUCGACUUCGCCAGGACGCGUCUCGCCGCUGAUGUGGGCAAAGCGGGGCAGGAACGUGAGUUUAAGGGCCUGGGUGACUUGGCGAAGAUCUUCAAGUCUGAUGGCCUCAAAGGUCUGUACCAGGGCUUCAACGUCUCAGUGCAGGGCAUCAUCAUCUACAGAGCAGCGUACUUUGGCAUCUACGACACAGCAAAGGGCAUGCUCCCAGAUCCUGAGAACACACACGUUGUUGUGAACUUUAUGAUUGCUCAGACCACAGCCAUCGCUUCUUUUGUGUCCUACCCCUUCGAUACCGUCCGUCGUCGCAUGAUGAUGCAGUCUGGACGCAAAGGAGCUGAUAUUAUGUACACUGGCACCCUGGACUGCUGGAGGAAGAUCGCACGUGAUGAAGGCAGCAAGGCCUUCUUCAAAGGAGCCUGGUCCAAUGUGCUCAGAGGCUUUGGCAGUGCGAUGGUGCUUGUCUUGUAUGAUGAGAUUAAGAAAGUCAUCUGAGUUGAUUUCCGUCUCUUCAAUGUUCAUGGGCAACACGGAAGG